ACACUUUUCCUUUGUUUGUUUGACUUUUCAUAAUCAUAAUUUUUUUAAAAAACUUGAUUAUAAUAUAUCGUUGCUACCAAUUCUUUCAAUCGUCAAGCAAAGACGGAGAAGAAGACGAAGACGGAGGAGAAGAUCUGCCUUCCAUUUUUUCAAGCUCGAAUCAGGUUCCUUGUUUUGAAUUCAUUCUCUUUUCUCAAUGCCAAUGAUCUUUUUCUUUCUUUUUUAUUUCUGAAUUUUCGUUGUCUUAGUUGUUGGCCCAUGAAGUGUCACGAUCUUGCUCGGACUUGUCAUUUGAUCUCGUAUUGUUGUUUCUGGUUUUAAUGUGUAUAUUGUUUGCCUUAAAUCUGUUGCAAAUACCUCCUUUUUGGUAUAUAUGAGGAACUUCAAGCGUGGAGGGGAUUUGAGUCUUUGACCUUUAAGCCUCCUUUGGACGAGAAAAAACCGCUAUGUGAAAAACUGAAUGUACAUUCAAAGUAAAAAUAUUUACAUGGUGUAUGUUAUGUAUGCAUAUGUACGUUUUUGUAUAUGAGCAUUCGAAGGUAAAAUGCUUAUCCGUGUCCAUUGACUGCCUUGAUAUCUGACAAACAUCUGAGGUUUUUUGGUGUGCAAGGGUCAAAUUUCCAACAGGAUCUCAGGUUUAAGGUGAUUCAAUCAGGAGUUGUGCGGAUUCUGUUUGAAGCUACUUGGCUAAGAAUGGAACUUAUGUUAGUGGACAUACGUUUUCUUCGUAGUUUCCUUGUGGAAGAUAAAUAGGCAUAGGAAAUAAAGUGUUUGAAAUAUUCACUGAAAUAUCGUUUGCUAUUUAUUUAUCAGUACGUUUUAUUAUAGUUACUUUCCAAGACUGUGAGGAAGGUGCAAGUUUGGAGGUUGUUGUGACUUGUGGUUCACUUUGUGCCAUCAUACAAUAAUUCUUUUGAUGGGAGAAGAUGGAACACCCACAUUUACUGUGGAUGAAGCUCUUUUGGCCAUGGGGUUCGGAAAAUUCCAAAUUCUUGUGCUUGCUUAUGCUGGAAUGGGUUGGGUUUCAGAAGCAAUGGAAAUGAUGCUUCUCUCUUUUAUAGGCCCAGCAGUUCAAUCUAUAUGGGGUCUUUCUUCCCAUGAAGAGAGCUUAAUAACCAGUGUGGUUUUUGUUGGCAUGCUAAUUGGAGCCUAUUCGUGGGGUGUAGUCUCAGAUAAACACGGAAGAAGGAAAGGGUUCCUCAUCACUGCAUUAGUUACUUCUGGAGCCGGCUUUCUGAGUGCCUUGGCACCUAAUUAUGUUUCAUUGAUUAUUCUUCGUUGUUUGGUUGGUCUUGGUUUGGGAGGUGGGCCUGUUCUCUGCUCCUGGUUUCUAGAGUUUAUUCCUGCCCCAAGCAGAGGCACCUGGAUGGUUGUUUUCCAAGGAUUCUGGACUGUUGGGACAAUUUUUGAAGCCUCACUUGCAUGGUUUGUCAUGCCAACAUUGGGUUGGAGAUGGCUGCUUGCUCUUUCUUCUCUCCCUUCAUCAUUUCUCCUUCUCUUCUAUGGAUUGGCACCCGAGUCACCCAGAUUUUUAUGCUUGAAAGGCAGAAAAGCAGAGGCGCUUGGUAUUUUGGAGAAAAUAGCUAGAUUGAAUGGAGCCAAAGUGCCUUCUGGAAUUCUUGUUUCUGAUCAUGAAAUUGAGUUAGCAGGAAAGAGUAUUCCAAUGGAGGAUACCCAGUUGCUUCCACCAAAAGAUAGUGAAUAUACAACUCCUAUGGAAACAAAUCCUAAUGCAGGAGGCAUCUCAUCAGUACUAAAGCUACUUUCACCAGAAUUAGUUAGAUGUGGUCCAAAUGAAUUGCAUUCAGAAAAAUCCCAGGAUGUUAGCUACAAAGAUGUUUUCAUAACUACUUUUGCAGAGUUUCCUGGGCUCCUCUUAUCUGCUGCCACAGUGGAUAAAUUUGGUCGUAAGUUUUCAAUGUCAAUUAUGUUCUUCCUGUGUUGCAUUUUCCUGCCUCCAUUGGUAUUCCAUCAGCCGCAGGCUCUAACAACGGGCCUUCUAUUUGGCGCUCGAAUAUGCAUCACUACAACCUUCACAGUUGUGUAUAUAUAUGCUCCAGAGAUAUACCCAACCUCUAUCAGAUCAACUGGUGUUGGAGUUGCAAGCUCAGUGGGAAGAAUUGGUGGGAUGGUAUGUCCUCUUGUGGCGGUAGGUUUAGUGCAUGGAUGUCAUCAAACUGCUGCAAUUAUGCUGUUUGAGAUUGUAAUUUUUGUUUCAGGGAUAUGUGUAUUGUUUUUCCCAUUAGAAACAAAGGGUCGGGACUUGAGUGAUAGCAUUUCUAGUUCAAAACAAACGAAUCAAUUAGUUUAAGUUAAAAUAGCAAGUGAGGGCUUGUCCCUUCUGUGUACCAUAUUCAUUUAUUACAAAAGAUAAUAAAAAAAGAAAUUUGAUUUAGUA